AUGGCGGAUCCUCCGCAGCAAAAGAGACGAAGAGUGGAGAAUCCUAAAACUCAAUGUUUAGUGGAAAAUUUUUUGCAGUGGUGCGGCGAUGUUGGUUUAACUUUAAACUCUAAGGUUACGGUAAGGGAGGAAGGUUCGUGUCACAGGUUCGGCAUGAUCGCUUUGGAAAACAUCGAAGAAGGAGAGUCUGUCUUCAAAAUUCCAAGAAAUGUUUUACUAGAACCGCACACCUCGGCCAUUUCCGGAAUUGUUUCAGAGUUUGCAGAAUGUUUACCAGAAAUUCACUCAAGAAACAAAUGGCUUCCCCUUUUAAUCACGCUUCUUCACGAGUACACGAACCCCACGUCAAAAUGGCGACCAUAUUUAGAUCUCGUACCAAGCGAGACAGUCCUCAAUCAACCGAUUUUUUGGACCGAACAAGAACGAAAAAUCUUGACCUCAAUCGAUCUAAAAGAUGGCGUGGAAGAAGACGAAAGGAAUAUCGAAUUGGGAUACAAGAAUUUCGUGUUGCCGUUUAUGGAAAAAAACAAGAAAUAUUUCGAUCCUAAGGUUCAUACCUUGGAUCUUUACAAGCGUCUUGCUGGGUUUGUUAUGGCGUACAGUUUUACCGACAGCGAUGACGUCGACGCGAAGCCUGCGAUGGUGCCGAUGGCGGACAUUUUGAAUCACGUGAGCGACAACAACGCCCACCUGGAGUUUGGUGACGAGUUCCUAAGUAUGGUCACCACACAAGCCAUCAGGAAGGGCUGUGAGGUGUUCAACACUUAUGGAAACCUGGAUAACUGCAAUCUUCUACGUUCGUAUGGUUUCAUUGAAGACCCUCCGAAUGUUUUUGACGAGGUUGACAUACCCUUGCGAAUCUUCCAAGAAGUUUUAAAACUAUCUGAUAAAGAAUGGAGAAUCAAGAUGACCUCGAUACGAGGACAGCAAACGUGUAGUGUGAAUACAGAAGAAGGACUCAUAUUUAAUCUCAACGCUGGAUGUACGUCGUCUGGGGAAGAACUGCACACACUUUUUGAGGCUAUUCAUGAAAGACAAUCAAAAUCAGACGAAAAUGACGAAAUAAGGAAAGAUAUUGAAAGAAAUGAGAUUGAGAACGAUAAUGACAACAAUACUAACUUAGAAUAUAUCAAACCUAAGUCAAACGUCGAUAAGGGAUUGACCGAAAUUUCUGGGGAUGUCUCGAAGCAUGCAGGGAUAACAGUGGAUGACGAUGAAGAUGAUGGAUUGAAGAGUGACUCGGAUGAAGCCUCCGAGGGUGACAAGGGUACAACGAUGGAUACAAGUGGAUCUGAUAGCGACGGGAUAGGGGAUUUUUGGGGUAACGAUGGAUCAGAAAGCGAUGACUCGAGUUGUGCUGGGCAAAGUGGUGUAGGCUGGGUUGAACUACAAGAAUUACCAGGCAAAUGGAAACAGACAAUGACAAGGGCAGCCAGUGUUCGCUCAAGAAAUAUACAAAAUUUAGCAGAAGAAUUGUCAAGAAAAGUUGCCAAAUCACAGGACAAAACGCGAAUUACAAUGGUCAAAAACAUCCUACAAGGCCAAUUGACAAUCUUACGAAAAAUCCAAGAUUUAUCGAUAAUUUAAUUUAUUCGAAUCUAAUGCACUUAUUUUUUUUAUAUUUAUAUAUUAUUUUUAUAUUUAUAUACCAAACGCAAAUACUAGCGUGCACUCCC